GAGUACAAGGGUGACGUGAUGAACCCCUCCGCGGAGGAGUUCAUGCCGCUCUCCCGCCGCCUGUCGGCCGACGCGCCCGUCUACGUCUCGCCCGCGAUCGACUACUAUGCUCCUCCGUCCACCGACUCUGUCCGUGCAGGUGGCCAGUUUCCUUCCGCCCCAACCUUCUCCACUGUCUCCCCAACUGGUACAUGUGUGAUCUUCAUGGAGCUAGCCAUCAUUGGAUUUGGUAAUACAUAAUCACUUAUUCAGAGAGCCCAAGGUGAGAAGGGACGAGCAUCUAGAACACCACCACCUACUAAUCAGUGAGCUACUAUCUGUCUUUGAAUGAGUUACUUAACAAGAGAAGGCAGGAAUUUCCUACCUUUCUUCUGCAAAUCUGGAAUUCCUUUAUGGCAUGAUCAUGUGAAAAAAGUACCUUGAUGCAGUAAUGGAUUUGAUUAUCACCGGUUACUCUGUUUUCACGAAUUACUAUCCAACUUGGCAUAGGAAUUUUUCCCUAAGAUCCACUAUGCAACCAAUCAAGAGAUCCACUCUGAUUGAGGAGGUUGGGGAGAGUCUAGUGCUUCAAGGAAUGCCGUCACAUGGCACCAGGCGGACAGUAGUCGAGGUGGCGCUACAGGAGGCCAUAGGUGUGAGCGCCAAAGGGUGGAUCUGCGGCGCGGCUAAAGCGGUAGUGAGAAGGGGCAGCUCUCCUCCCACUCCUAAGCUGUCGACGGGGAAGAUGAAUCCGCAGGGUCCUGGUUGGAACAAGAAAUUGAGGAUUGGCGCCUCUGCCCCAAGCUUGACACCUUGCCCACCCCGCAUAAGCGCUUUUGAGAAGGCGGUGAGGGUGUUCAUAAAAAACCCAACUGAAGAUGAGCCGUGGAUCAUAAUUUAGAGAGUCAGUUCCCUGGUACCAAAAACUGUAUGGAGUUUGCGCUGAAGAUGCAGACUGGAAGUGUACUACACUCUGAAUUGCACUGGGUGUGUCCAAAAAAAAUACACCUGCAGCAUACAUUACUGA